UCAAUGUUAUAUUAUUAUUGUGUGCUAAAACUUAAUUAAAUAUUUUUAUCUUUUGCAAAAAUAAGAAGAUAUUUAUUGACUUAUAUGUAAAUAUAAUCAUGUCAAAACCUUUAGAUGACUAUGUUUAUUUGUAUGAGACACUUAUGGAUAAAAGUAUUGAAUUUAAAACAUUUGAAGCUGUCUCACAUAUAGUCCAAAAAAAAUUUGACAAAAAUGAGUAUUUGAGCGUUGGGAUUCUUUUAACGAUAUUAUUGAAGCAGGGGGACUUUCCAGGAAUUCUUCAAAAAAUAUCGGCAUUAUAUGUCAUAUAUGAUUUAUUUCGAAGUGAGCAAUCCGAAUCGCCUUUCUUACCCUUUUUUUUAAGCUUAACUGAACAGAAAGACACAACCGUGUCUAAUAGAUUAAACAUAAUAGAACGGAAUUUUUUAAACAAUUUACUUGCUGGGGGAGCUAAAGAGCUAGCCAAACAAACACCAGGUAAUUAUAUCAAAUCGGAAGUAAUUUCAUGCGCUCUAGACCUAUCAAUCAUAAAAAAUCAUGUGAAUGAAAGAUGUAACGAGUUACCAGCAACAGUUAAAGCCGGAGUGAUGAAUGUUGUACAGGCUCCUCAAAAUAAUCAAACAACUUCCGAAACUUCCAUUACAGAUCUAAUGCAAAAUUUAUGUCUUUCGUCAACCAGUCCAUUGAGAAAUACUUUUGCUCCCCAAUUUAUGUCUGUAGCGCCACCGUUACUCUCAUUUGAAGAUGAACUAGUGUGGUUUGAUUUAACUAAUCGUGCAUAUCAUAAGCCGAUUUUGGAUACGUCAAAUGAUGUGGGUACCCAAGCGAAAAGAUUAAUUCACCAAGCUUUUACACAAGCUCUAAGUCUAAUCGAUCAGCAAUCAUUACUUGAAGAAUUGAAAAAAGAUCCAGAUAUGGUUUACCAAAUUGGAUUAACACCCGAAAAGCUGCCAGACUUAGUCGAGAAUAAUCCGCUUAUUUCGAUAGAAAUAUUGCUUAUGCUAAUGGAUUCAAUUCAAAUAACUGAAUAUUUUAAUGUUUUAGUAAACAUGGAGAUAACAUUACAUUCAAUGGAAGUUGUAAACAGGCUGACGACACUAGUAGAAUUACCAACGGAGUUUGUUCAUUUAUACAUUAGCAAUUGCAUUUCAACUUGCGAGAAAAUGAAAGAUCGUUAUAUGCAAUCUAGACUAGUUAGAUUAGUUUGUGUAUUUUUGCAGAGCUUAAUUCGUAAUAAAAUAAUAAACGUUAAGGUUCUCUUUAUUGAAGUAGAAGCUUUUUGUGUUGAAUUUAGCCACAUCAAAGAAGCUGCUGCACUUUACAGAUUAUUAAAACAUUUAGAAUUAGGAGAUUAAAUUUUUAAAUAAAGCGUGAUUUCGAAUUACAUUA